AAAAUGAAAAUGUAAAGUUAGUUACUACCAUUGUAAUUAAAAAAAUUUAGUGACAAACAUGAAACAAAAAUGAUAAUUUUAGUGACCAAACUUUCAAUUUACCCCUUAAUUCAGCUUUCACAGAAUCUGCCUAAUAAAUUGCUUAGAGGUCAUUUGUGUCAUCCACUCAAACCCCGUCAGUCCUAGUUUGUCGCUGGCCUGAAAAUUUCCACCGCCGUUGCCUUCGCGAGCCUCUCAUACCGCUGCCCGUUUCGACCGCCGAUUUGCCAGAGCUAUUGUCGCCCUGCGCAGCUCCGUCUGCCGCCCGUGGAGCCUCCGUUCACCGCCAACCUCCGCCGCGCGCACUUCCUGAAAUCCCUCUCCGGAAGUUACGGAGAUUAGUUCAUCCUUACAGGUCCGAAACCUUCUCUCCUCGAUUGCUUUCUCGUAAUUAUCCGUUAAUCUCGACUGUUGAUGGACUAGUUGUGACUGUGAUCAACUUUACUUGCUCGGAUUUCCCCCCGUACAGAAUGAACCCUAUUUGCGAGUCUAGUAGUAGCAACGACAGGAUUAGCAACCUUCCUGCUUACUUGGCCGAGCGAAUCCUCAUGCUGUUGCCCUUAAAAGAAGCAGCAAAAACGGCUACCUGGUCAAGGCAAUGGAGGUAUCGUUGGAGGAAUCUGCCUCAACUUGUGUUCGAUGCUGAUUUUGCCCGAACCCGUUGGGCCGAAACUGCAUCGAAUGUGAAUGCUCUGGUGAUGAAGAUUUACAAAGCCGUGCUUCUCCACAACUAUGAGCCUUCAACCAAGUUUGUGCUUGCGGUUCCUGGAUUGAAGCCUGGCGACGAGAUCGAUCACUUGAUUCUUUACCUUGCCAACAAAGGCAUCCAGGACAUCACCCUUCGGAUUCUCGAUGAAUUUGAUAGAUUCGAUUAUGUGUACGAGACCAGGAACUUUGCUUCCCUCUUUGCUGCUCUUGAACUCAAUACCCUGAAGCUGGAAAAUUGCGAAUUGUUAUCGCCUUCUGGGUUUCUGGGAUUUAGCAAGCUCACCUGUCUCGAAUUGGUAAAUGUGAUAGUGGAUGAAGAUUUCUUUGUUGGUUUCCUUCGCAAGUGCCCGUUGCUUGAAGAAUUGAGGAUGAUAGAUUGUCUGGGUUUUAGAGAUAGCCCUGACAUUGAGGCCCCUCGUCUCAAAGUGCUUUGUUUACGCAUUAUCUUGUGGACCAUUCGCUUCAAAUAUACACCGGUUCUUUCGCUGGUGUCCAUUCAAGAUUACCCUGACUACUUGUCCAAUAGAAUGUACAGCUUUCAGCAGGACAGUAUUAAUAUAGUCGAUGUAUUUGUUUCUUCCAUUCCUGCACUUCAACAGUUGAGAAUUGGCAUUGAGUUCCUGCGGUUACUUGCUGCAGGCAAUCAUGUCCCGAAGAGGCUUCCUACUCCUCUUCAACACUUGGAAGUCCUGGAAAUGGAUAAUCUGGUAUUGCAUAGUUUGCCCGAGGCACGUGUUCUCGUUUGCCUGAUCAUGAGUUCCCCCAACUUGAAAACACUCACCAUUCAGAUUGAUGAUGGAGAACGAAUUCCCCAGGAAAAUGUGAUUGACAGCCUGAGGAGUCUGUUGGAAGCAAAGGACCUUCAAGGAUCCGGGGGUUGUUUUCAGAGUCUGGAAGAGUUUUCCUUAAAUGGAAUCCAUGGAUCACAAGUCGAGCUGGACUUAGUGAAUCUUGUGCUAGCCAGUGCCCCACUACUUCACGAGAUUGUUAUUACGACUUCGAAGACUAUGAAUUUCGAUGAAUCUCACAAGUUCAUGACGGGAGUCUCGUACUGUAAAUGGGGUUCCAAGAAGGCAAAGUUACUGUAUUCUUGGAAUGGUGAGUACGAGAACAUAGAAGAUGGCUUCCCAAAGCUUUUAGUAACUGCCUAGUUGUUAGUACAAUUCAGAUGAGAAAGAAAAACAGGAGUGGAGGAGCUGGUCUGAAACUGUUUUGAUUAUGAUCAAGGAGAGGCGUCCUGAUCAAGCAUACGGUCUCACUCUGCCCUUCAGCCCUUCUCAGCAAACAAUUUUUGGUUCUGUAAUAGUAGGGCCAAGAAGGGGAAAGGAGGCUACUAGAUUUAGUUAGCGAGGGUCGAAGUUAAGUUGGAGUUAUGUUCUACGUGAUUGCAUGUCUGACUGUUUCGCAAAUGGUUCCUACCUUAAGUAGCUUUCGAAGUGCUGAAUAGUGGCUAUAACAUUCCAUAUAGUAAUCAGUUUCUUGUUCCUGCUAAGUUCCCAGAGCUCUAAUGUUUGAGGUUUCUGGUCUUGAACUAUUGAAUCACUUGGACCGAAUCGGUUUCGACGGUUCUAACAAACCGCAUGGUUCGCUGGUAGACGAAUCGACCCACUACAUCAGUCAGAUGGCGGUUCUACUGACCGGCUGGAAAGACCUGUCUGGUUUCCAUGACAAGGAUUUUCUUUGUUUAUGUUAAAAAUAAAACCCCGCUACAUCACUAUAACAAAGGAAGUUAGUAUAGCAAGAAUAACCACAAUAAGUUAGCAGGAGUAUC